AUGAGCAGACUAGGUAGGUACCUUUUCAAGCUACACACCAAUUCUCACGGAACUUGUUGCACUAUAUCGCACAAUCCGACCGAUCCCGUGCCUGAUGAUGGUCCCGUGAAGGCGGCCGACGAUAGCAUUGCGUCUUCCAGUGCAAGUCUGAACAGCUCUAUCAUUCAGCAUCGUAUCGAUAAUGGGAGGACGUACCACAAGUACAAAGAAGGCAGUAAGCCCUUCCGAUUCUCUAGCCGCUUCACGUUCAUUGCAGAUCUUCAGCAUAACCUGUAUCUACUCAUCCUCGACUACAAGUUGGGCCUUGCACCCCCGAAUGAGAACUCCAUAGCUCAACGUGUCCUUGACAUCGGAACUGGAACCGGAUUGUGGGCUAUUGACUUUGGAGGUGAACACCCCGAGGCCGAGGUAAUCGGCAUUGGUCUUACACCAGUGCCUACGGCAUUUGUUCCACCAAACGUCAAAUUCGAGGUCGAUGAUGCUGAAGAGCCUUGGACGUUCAGUCAGCCGUUUGAUUACAUAAAUUUCCUUGGCAUGACCUCCAGUAUUCGCGAUUGGAAGAAGUUUUCCCAAAAGACCUUUCAUAACCUUACACCUGGUGGCUAUGUCGAACUAUUUGAAGGUCACAUGAGGCCUGACUGUGACGAUGGAACGUUGACACCCGAACACACGUUCUCAUAG